GGGUGUGGUUGUUACAAGGUGCAAUAAAAAUUUUAUUUUUGAGGAAAAGGCCAAAAGGGAGGGAAAGAAAGACCAGAAAAAGCCCAAAGCUAUGCCUCUCGGCCGUUGUCCCCUGCCUCCUGAUCCUGGCUACGAGAAAACAUCAAAUUAUUAUCCACCAGAAACUCUGGAUGGAGAUUAUUCUCCUCCUGGUCGCAUCAGGCCUGAAGCAAGAGAGAUAGCGAGUAGACACACCAAAGGAGUAAUUGCAAUGAUUCUAUCAAAUGAAGGAAUGAGCAGAGAACCAUCAUCUACCAGGAAAAAAUUAAUAUACUCAACAGAUAAAGAGACUCCAAAGAAUCAUUCGGCAGCUAACAAGAGACGUAUUCGUGAGAUUCAGGUGAGGUGUCAGUCGAGACAAAGGGAGCAGAGCAUAUCGGCAGAAAGACUCCUCCCACCUCGUCAAGACAAGUACAGUCACGUGACAUCAAAACUGGGACAUUACCUACCACGACAGUCUUCAUCUGGUGCUACAGUCCAGUGUGGGGAAAGAGGAGAGAGAGGGAGAGAGAAUGAAGCGCCUUCAGCUCCUACUGCUUCACAAUACAGCAACAGAUUACUACAAUCAAUGUCAGGGACUAAUGUUGAAGCACAGCCUAAAGAAAGGUCAUCAACAUUGCAGCAGCAUAGCAGUCAGUCUGAGACCAGACCUGCUAAGCUAAAAAGAAACUUUAUUCUUGAAAAUAUAACAAGUGCUUCUUGUCACACGAUAAAGCAGCAGCCAAAGGUUGUUGAGUUGAAUGAAGAAACAGCAAAAAGAGAUAGAAUUGACAAGUCAUACAAGAAAGGAACUGUCCCAAAAUAUUUAUUAGAGAGGAAAGAAGAAUGGAGGAGAGAAGAGAAGGAGAGACUCGCCAGUUUACCAGACCCCACAGUUCCACCUGGUCAUGUUGUCAUGUCAACUUCAGAUAGACUGAAGACACUGGAGACUCUCAAGCAACAUCAAGAUGAGUUGCUUAAGGAGCUACAGUCUCUCUCUUUGACGGCUGAUACUUUGAGAAUAAAUGUUAAACGGAAUCAGUUGGAAUCAAGACUGAUCGAGAUCGAAGAUGCCAUUAAGAUUUUCUCAAAAAGACGAGUCUUUGUUAAAGUUGAUGAAUGAAAGUUCAACUUAUUAUUAUUAAUACUAUAGUCACUAUAUUUACCAAUUAUUAAUUACCAUGUAUCACUUCAAAAUUAUUCUUUAACAGUAGUAUUCUUAUCUUA